AUGGUACAGUGCAAGAAGUGUAAAUUGUUCUUGUCGAUCAAUAAAGACGAUGUGAUAAGGUGCAAAGGUGAAUGCAAUUCAGUUUUCCAUAGAAAGUGUGUAAAAAAUAUGAAGCAGUUUUUACAAAAAGAAUGCUGCGAAGAAUGUUCAAAGAGUGCUUUAGCUGUUUUGUCACCGAAAAUAACGGAACAAGAGGAAGACUACCGUGAGCACACCGCUAGACCCCUUGAAUGUCCGACCGCUAUGGAAGAUCUGUUGAGAGAAGUUAACAAAAAGUUGGAAAUAGUGCAUAAGAUGGAUAAAGAUUUAGAAGAUAUAAAGAAUUCAGUGAGCUUUUAUGCUGAGAAGUAUCAGGAAAUGGUUGAAUUUAAACAACAAGCAGAGAAAAAAAUGAAAAGCAUGGAGCAACAACAGCCCUCCUCAGUCGGUCCACCCUGGCCCCCGUGGUCUUUGUGUUCAGGGUGUCCUGAUCUGGUCAAUUACGUGCUCCCCGGUGUGCUUUGGGUCCGUGGACGAGAUUAUGAGGGUGUGAUUCGGCUUCGGUGGGGGAGUACGUCGACUUCCUGA